CAUGAUGGUCACUCGGUUAUGGGUGUGAAGUGUUCCCGAACAAUACUCAACUCCCAGCCAGCGACCGCGGAAAAGCUGCCUCAUUUCGAAGUUUGAAAACCGUAAAAUCCGGGUUUUACAGAUGAAAUAGAUUCGUCAGCUGUAAAGCGUAAAGAGGAUUUACUUCUAGGAAUUAGGACUUCGUGUGACGGCAGAUAAGGCCUGAUCUUGCGUUGAAACUGUUUGCAAAUAACAGACGGGCACCAUGGAGGACAACUCGACGGAGGUGUGGUACAGUGAAGCUCCUACCCCUAACUACAGCACUCAUUUAGACACGUAUCCGAUUGUGAAGGGCUUCUUGGACUCUCAGUGGGUGUUACAGGAGAACAUCAUGCUCAUAACUCUGUACCUGCCACUGCUCGUCCUGGCCGCCACUGCCAACAUACUUGUCAUAGUUGUCGUCAUCAAAUACCAUUACAUGAGAAGUGUCACCAAUUACUUUCUGGUAAACCUGUCAGUCGCUGAUCUUCUGGUGACCCUCAUUUGCAUGCCAGUGGCUAUAAGCCAAGCCGUCAUAAAGCUCUGGUUGUACGGGGAGUUCAUGUGCAAAAUAACAUACUACUUGCAGGGGGUGUCCGUUGGGGCCAGUGUGUUCACCAUCACAGCAAUGAGUAUAGACAGAUACUUGGCUAUAAGACACCCGAUGGCAUUCAGGAAGAUAUUCAACAAAACAACAACUCUCUUUGUGAUUGUGCUGCUGUGGAUCGUGGCACUGAGUAUAUUCGCGCCUGUAAUCUGGGUGCGUCAAGUUGAAACGAUUGACAUCGGAGAGCCUAACAUGGACCUGCCAGGGUUCUGUAUUGAAAAGUGGCCGGACAACCAGGAACGGCUUGUUUAUGGGGUGCUCUGCUUUGUCUUCGUGUAUGCAAUACCAGGAUUUGUGGUCGUACUAGCCUAUUCACUAAUGGGCCUUCGUCUUUGUGCCAUUAGUCCACCUUUCGACGGACCAGGCAACGAGGGCAUGGCCAGUACAAGACAGGGAACUCGGCUCGUCCGGGAGAGGCGACGCGUGGCCCGCAUUUUGCUGCUGCUCGCUGUUCUCUUCGCCUUCUGCUGGCUGCCUUACAACGUACUGGCUAUACUAUUCGACCUGGGAGUUAACAAGAAUAUAAAACUGUUCUCGUUCGCUUUGUUGCUCGGCCACGCCAACUCCGCCAUCAACCCGGUCCUCUACUGCUUCAUGACACGCAAUUUCCGCCGAGCAGUGCGCGAGCUCGUUCUUUGCUCUCGGGUCUCCCUCGCAGCAAGACAGCACCAACGAUGCAAUAUUAGAGCGCCUCCUCGAAGCGCCACCACAUCAAGCGGUUACGACUCUUACCACAGUCCGCACCGGCGGUGUUACAUGCUGCAUACAUUGCGGAGAGCACAAGCAACAAGCGACGGCCACGCUCCGCCUCAUGCAGCCACAAUUCAUUCCAUCAACCAGCAGCACUACCACCACAAGGAACGAGAAACUCCAGAAAUGUUGCUGCAGGAGCAGAAACAGCUUUACUACCACCACCACUACCACCACCGUCUAACCAAUGCGUCAUCAACCAGAGCGACGAAUUCAACACGCGCGACGACACUCACAGACAAUCGCUAUCUGUAAGCGCUCAUAUCGGAUGCAAUCGACUUCUUUCUAAACGAGAACUUAAACGAUGUGAUCAAGGACUGGCGACAGUUUAACCCUUUGAUGUGGGAGCUCGUCGAAAUAAUAAUUAAGAGCUGAGUCCGUACCGCAAAGAAAACACAACUCAUUUCAAAGAUCAAGUUGGCAAUGCUGUUUAAAGAAAUGUUUGCAGUAAAACAACAAGAAACCCAUAAAUACAAAUGCAGCUUCAGUGAUUUUUUUAAGCAGGUGGGACAUAUGGUUAUCAUUGGGCAGUCGAGAAAAUCGAGUGGCUGCAUAGUCAUACGCGUCCCUGAGACAUGAGAAAGAUAAGCUCCUAAACAAAAAUUUAAAUUUCUCAGGAACGUGAUUUUUAAUACACAUGAGAAUUUUUCUGUGUUUUAUAAUGCAGUGUCGUAAUUUGAUACGUCAACCUCGGUGUCAUAUACGCCGUUUGUAGUCGAGCUGCUAGAAAAUCAGCGAAUGGGCUGACAAUUUUAUUCCUAGAGAAAUACGUGUUUGCUUUAUUUAUUUACAUAUUUAUUGAUUUAAAUUUAUUUAUGUCUGUGUAAUUUAACGGGUAUGUAAGAUCGAAUGCGGUAAGAAAAGGGUCAAGUACAAUGUACUGGAAAGGAUCGAGAAGGAAACGGUGGUUGCGAAUAUCAAGAUGUAAUUUCUCCCGCCAUUCGUCAAUAUUGACUGCAGAAAGCCACCAAAAUACUUAAUCAGAAUUCAGAAUUGACGGUACCCCAGCUGUCGUCUUCCAUCUCCCCCUCUCGAACUCAAGACAGAUGCAUUACCACUAUUUCAGCUUUAUCUGCAAGAAGAAAAUUUAUCAGAAAUUAUUUAGAAAUAAUUUCACGAUUUUACUAAGUUACAGCACUCAAGUAAAAUGUAUGAAGAAAGAGUGGUAUCCGACUUUCUUAAACUGAAAAAAUUGAAGUGGUGUCCAUUUCUUUUUCAUUUUACCAUCAUCCCCCAUAUUCUAGGGAUUUAUAACUCCCAAACAAUUCUGAUCUCUCUCUUCAUGACAAUUGUAUUUAAUUUGUGACGCAAACAUGUUCACUGUCAACAUGAAGUUUGCAAAGUGAAACAAGACAUCUUUACUUACGAAGAGUAAUCUCUGUUGCGUAGGGUACAAACCAUUUUUCAUUUUCUUGAAUAUUCUGACACUGCCUAACUAUAAAUAUACCGAUUUUUAUCAAUAGCAAUGAGUCAAAAGUGACAUUAUCUGUGCCAGUUUGCAUACCUACUGGCGUUGAUGUUCGUUGUUGUAUUGCACAUAUAAAUUUACUACAGGCCAAUGAAGGUAAUCGUAUUUAUAAUCACCACAUUGCACAAAGUCGUAAUCCGUUUUCCUUUAAAAUUUGUUUUGCCCGACCAGCGAUUUGAGGCACGUUCGCAUCCUAUUAAAUUGUUUUGUCCGUCCGUCCGUCUGUAAGCAUAUAAGAAAUCGAAAACUUCUGAAACGAAUUUUGCAUAAAAUGUGAUAUGGGAAAGUUUUGCUACAACUUAUCGGUACAUUACAGUUUUGGUCAAAACCGGGUAUAAAAACGCUCUUUAUAUGAAGAGCUACAAGCGUGUUUGUGAUCCAAAGCGACUGGGAGAGGAAUCCACCUCAAUCUGGCAAUUUCCCGGUUGUUCACAAAGGUCAAAUUCUGGCAAACGCUCCAUGUGCACUUUCUUAACUCGCUGAGAAAUAUAAAGUCACAUUUUAGUAGAAAUGAAGUACCAGCAUUACUGGUAACUACAAAAAUCAAAAUUAAUUUCUGUCAUCAACGUUUAGUGUAGCUAAAAAUACCAAAAUGUUAUCAAAAUUCAUCUGGUAGCUUCUGAGGUGAGACCCUGGUUGUCACAAAGACAAAGACGACCUUACAGUUGUGUACUGAUUUCUUUAGUUUUUGUAAAUAAAGCUAUGAAAACUUCAA